AGAAAACGUCCGAAACCAAUAUUGAGAAUCGAAACAAGUUGAAGCAUCCACACACUACUGGCAAAACAGGAAAAAAAGUAGGAAAUGGCUGAUACUUCGGAUAUUCUAUCAAGCAAGGACAUCUUUGUGGCUACAAGAAAAAGAAAACCUGGUCGAGUAUACAAAGGCUCUUAUGAGAAUACAAUUAGUAAAAUUGCUGAAAUGGAGAGAAUACAAUCAACUCAAGAAAGUGGAGAUGACAGUGAUGAUGCGUUUGCAUCAGUCAUGGGACCUGAGCACCCAGGUCGGGUAAGAUUGUAUGAACAAGGAGUUAACAAGACUGUCUUAAAAAAGAAAAAAGGAGAUUUUGGAUCCUCUGUAAAUGCUACUGAUGAGAGAAUGCAAUAAAAAAAUGGAGGAAAUGGAAGAGAGUAUGCAACAAAGAAUGCUGGAAGAGUUGAAUGCACAAAAGGAAGCUAUGGAACAAGAUAUUAUGAUGAACGUCGUUACACGACUUCAACGUCUCAACCCCGAUUUGAGAUUUGAUCCUGACAUGCUAAUAUUCAGUGCUCGUGCACUUGGAGAAGCUUCUUCUGCACAACAAGAUCUAUUCAACCAAUCAAUCGUCCAUCCGCUGGCAGU